UUUUCCUGCGGCGCGAACUAAGCGUCACAGCAACUGCACCAGGGAGGUAAAAAACAAGCGUCGGCGAUUACAUAAAUGAUUCCGAAGCGCCAGGCCGCAUCAGCGCAGAGGGUGGAGGACGGGGAGAGCGAGGGGAGCAGAAUCACCGCCGACGAGGAGAGAAGACAAAUAACGAGGGAGAAGGCCAAGAAUGCGGAGGCCGCGCUGCCCGGCGGUCUACGCGGAGGCUGCGGCAAUGGCGCUGCCGGGGUGUCCCCCCUCGUCGUCGCCACGUCUGCGCCGGCUCGUCGAGUCCGAACGCCACUCUCUCAGCCUCCUCGCAUCUCGCAAACCUCCGGAUGCAGCCAAGACCGAAAACAGGCCGCGGGCGCGGACCAAAGGAGGAGCGCCUCGAUACUGUGCCUUGGCGGCAAUCGCUGGAAACCUAGGUGGCCUCUCUGGCCCUCCGCGCGGGUCGGCGGGGACGUGGCCGCGCAGCGAGGAGGGAGAGAAGUACAGAGGGUUGGGGACGAGAUUCGAGGUUCGAGCGUCGAGCCUUCCUUCCUCUUGUACUCCUCCAUGAAAGAAAAGGCAGACGAUGUCUCUUCCAAGUACUCGGCGACACCCUUGGAGCUGUCUGGCAAGUACACUCCGGAUACCAGCACGCCCGCAAUGCGGACACAACAGCAUCUCGACGUGGACAUGUAUUUGGACUGAACCUUGUGAUCAAGAAGCACCGGCCAAGCAAGAGCAACGUACGACUCUGCGUCGUGCAUGAUCCGCCAGCCGAGCACCUCUAUCCCCCUUCCCGGCGGCCACCCCCCGACCUCCUGGACGCACGCUACAAAAUGUUGACUGCCUAUGUAGCUCGAGAGCAUGUCUAAUGCUGCGCCCGCAUUGGCCGCUGCGAGCCGUCCCACGCUCCAGCUGACCAGCUGGAGCCCCUCGCCCGCACUCGGUGCAGACCUCCUUGCCCGCGGUCUGGGUCAGCGCAGCUUGCCCAGCGCGUCCUGCUCGGUUGAUCCGGGGCAGAGAAUCUGCCAGCAGGGGCCGAAAACGGCCCAGCCCCGCGAGUCGACGAACUUGGCCACCUUGACAGGCCUCGUUCCGUCGAGAGCCUUCGUGUACACCGUGAGGGCCCUCUUGUUGUCCUUCCAACCGUACUCCAUCUUGACCUUGUUCUUGUCAACGCCCUCCCUCUCGAGCAGGGACCAGAACUUGCCUGCAGCCGCCGUCGUCGGCUUGGUGUCCGGGGAGCCCUCGAUGCCGACGAUCACCUGCUUCCCGUUGAUGGUCCACCCUGGCCCCGAGACCACCGCCGAGACGGUCUUCUUGAACUUGCGCCCCGUCUCCCAGGACGCGUCCUUGAGGAAGAGGCAUAUCUUGUACUGGAAGGUGCGCUUCGCGAUCUCCUCGUUGGUCUUCUCCGUGUCGAUCAUGGCCACCAUGCCCUCCGGGAGCUGCUGCUGUAGCCGGAGCAGGUAGUCCGUGACGGCCCGUCCGUACAUGGCCGACGCCUCCGGAUCAUCCCAGUCCAGGAUGAAGCCUUUGAUCUCCACGUACUUCGGCACGAACUCGUCGCCAUACGGGUUGCGCACUCCGCCAGAAGCGCUGCUUGCCACCGACGCUGCACUGCUCAUCGAAGUCCGGAGCUCCCUGAUCUCCGCGUCCUGCUUGCUCAUCCUCUCGUUGAUGGGGUCCAGCGCCGUCUUCACGGCCUCCUCCGCGAUGGACUUCACCCGGGCCAUCACGCCCUGCACGGCCUUCUCCGCGGCCUCUACUGCCGCCAGGUGGGCGGCCUUCGCCGCCGUCGCCUCGGCCGCCGAUUGGGCAGCAGCCUGGAUCAUAGCCUGCACCUCCAGAGAGAUCAUUUUCACAAUCAAGAUGUCGACGAAACUCAACACGAAGAACUGAAACACGAUGAACUUGAUGCGGGAACCCGCGAGCAGGGUCCGGAGCCAGCUGCGCGCCGAGACCGGCGCGCCCUGCGCGAAUGACGGUGACCCCGCAGCUUCCGCCAGACGCGCCCCAGCUCUGGGGCUCCACGGGCAGCGCUGGCCUGACGAUCGGAGGGAAGAAGAGGGCGCGGAGACAGAGAGCGGGCGCGGGGGGGGCCAAGCAGCGCUUGAGCCAAAAUGGCUUGAGCCAAAAUGGCUACGGGAUCUGUGGGGACCUCCAUGAGGCGGACACAACACUUGGCAAUCGAUCC